AUGUCACCUCCACGACCCAGGGCACAAAGAUCUUCAAAUAACCCGGCGGAUCUCGCACUUCCGUCCCACAGUUUCGACCAACCUGACUCCCACUCAGCCCAAGACCAGCAAGGCCACACUCCUUCUUCCAUAUAUCCACACUCGACAACAGGCUACGACAUGUCUCGAGCGGCUUCAUCUGGGCCAACAUCAGUGCCGGCAUCGGGGUCACGAUCCCAGCCGUAUCAGCUCGUCUCUCCUGGCACGCCAGCUGAUCCACGAGCUAUGAGCCAAAACAAUAAAGACCAGCUUAUUCAGUCACUUCGAACCCACCGAGUGAAUACGAUCACCGAGCUGCGGCGAAUCGAAAAGAUUCUGGCCUACCUGGAUUCUGCUGAAGUCACGGAGCCCAUGACAACGGCCUGGGCGCAUUAUGUCAACUCCAACAACCUUUUGAACGAGCUUCGAGGUUUGACCAAGACGUAUCCCUUCAGUUCCGAAUGUUUGGACGAAGCCAAGUCCCUAGUGGUGCGCGAUCCCAGCAGCACACGGAGCUGGAACUAUUGCUGGUUGGUCCUUGUCAAGAUGGAAAAGGAGAAUCUCAUCAAGAAGCACGCCAGAGCGCUUGCCUCCAAGGCAAGCACCUGGGGCGGGCGGCGGCCAACGGCUGCCGAAUUUGAAAAGCUGGUCAAUGCAUGUGUGGUUGAAUGGUCACGUGCACUCCGGCAGAUGCUUCGACAUUGGGAAAAGCCACCUAGCACAACAGGCACCUAG